AUGUUAUAAUAGAAACAAUAAUUCUACAAUAUAGAAGAAAUAAUUAUUAAUUUAUUUUUUAAUAAUACUCUUUAAAUUUAAUUUUAUAAAUAAAAAAAUUUUUAAACUCUUCAUUUUAAUCUCAUUAGGUUAUCCAUAUUGCUGUAUGAUAUAUUUUAUUUAUUAAUAUUAUUUAUUAUAAAUUAUAAAUUAUUUUUUUAAUAUAAUUUUCAAAUUAUUCACAUAAAAUAUUAUUUUUCCAAAAGAAAUUCUCAACUUUUUACUUUGAUUCAUCAAUUUUUAUUAAUUUUAUUAUUUUUUUAACUAUUUUAUCUAAUAUUUUAUUUUUAAUUUUUAUUUUGA